AUUGAGCUAGCUAGCGCUAUGGUUCAACAAGCAGCAAUGUACAAGAUGGUUCAACUACUCGGCAUGUUAGUGACAACUGGUCUCCUCUCUCUUUGUAUGGCAGAGACCUUCCAUGUUACUCCAACUUUCCCUGCCCCAGCUGACUGUCCUAAACCUUGUCAAACCUUGGACUACUAUGCUCAAAACCAAAAUUUAUCUGCGGGCCACAACAACAUCACUCUGAUAUUCCUGGAGGGAGUUCACAAUCUCAGCAGCGAACUUACUGUUAAUAAUACUAACCUCAUAAUCAUGCAGCCAGCACUUCCAAAUCAGAGACAACGCCCAAAGAUUAUUGGUCGAUGUGACACUGAUAAUGGUGGGCUUAUUAGAAUCAUAGGCAUAGCAUUAAAUACAUUGAUCGAAGAACUUUUGUUUGAGAAUGUUUCACUAAAGCUAUAUAGAUCUAUUGACGAAUUUUCAAACCUAGAUGUUGACAGCUCAAUAACGAUCAAAAACUCCAUUAUAUCGAGAUCUACUCACGCCAGUAUAGGAGUCAAUGCCAUGUCAGUAAAAAAUUGUUUGAUUGAGGACACUACGAUAUAUUAUAUUUUGGACAUAUGGGCAUUAUUUGUUCAUGAUAUACCAAAUGUGAUGAUUGUCAAUUCCAACAUAAGUCAUAAUAGUGUCGGGCUUGGAUCAGCUAAUUCAAACAUAACACUCAGAAACUCUUCGAUUGAUAGCAAUGACUUCGGAGUUUGGCUAAUUGAUGAUAUAGAAAAACACUUCAAUAUAAUGGAUAACUGUUCUUUCACCCGAAACAAAUUCUUAGGAAUAUGGUUAGGGAAUGCUCAUCCACAAAAAACAGUAACAACUAUUAAUGACUGUAAAUUUGAUAACAAUAGCGGAACACCAAUCCUAGCCUCCGGAAGUACCUUUCAUUUGUCAGGAGAGAAUGUGUUUUCUAACAACAUUGCGGUAAGUGGAGGUGGUCUGGCCUUGUAUCAAUCAACAGUGCUAUUUGAUUCAGGAUCGUCUACACGCUUUGAGAACAAUACAGCUAUGGAGUAUGGUGGGGGGAUCUACAUUGUUACAGAUACAGCUUUCCCUCCACAGCUGCUAGUUCCUCUGGCGAACAUAAAUUUAAAAUUUAUUUUAAACCCACUUUGCUUUUAUAACAGUGCUAGUGACCACACAAGUGGUGAUAUUCCGAAUGUGACGUUCUUUGGGAACAAUGCCUAUUUUGGUGGAAAGGACAUCUUUGGACUCACAAAAAUAUCAGUCCAUAACAAUGGUUAUGGAUGUUCAGUUUCAGAGGAUAGUAUCUUUCAUUUUGACGAUUCAGUACCGAGUUUUUCUCGACUUGCAUCAAACCCGUCUCGAGUGUGUUUCUGUGUAAACGAUACGCAACAAUGUCAAAACCGUAUAUACCUUGUAGUUAACGAGACGAGGUUUCCGGGAGAGAAUUUUGAUGUUUUCGUAGUUCUCGUGGGAUUCAACUUUAGUAGAGUAACAGGAACUGUGUUUGCUACUGUACUGGAUGGGAAUACUGGAAAUAUCAGUGAUAUUCAACGCAUACAAUAUAUCAAUGACUAUGCACAAUGCACAAAACUAACCUACACAGUAAUGUCCAAUCAAACAAGCAGGCCCCUCCAACUAAGCCUCUCUGCUGAACAAUCGUAUGUUCAAGGCAAUCAUAAUGAUAUAAGUAAAGAAAGUGUAAAAAGCAUAUACUCUGAUGAAUGCAGCCAUACAAUACCGUGUGCAGCUCUUCUCACUACGUCCGUCUUCAUUAACAUCACUGUUAAUAAAUGUCCUCUGGGGUUUCAGCUUGAUAAGACUUCAGGGGUGUGCGAAUGUGACAAAAGCAGCACUCAGUUGAAUGUAACCUGUGACAUUCAAAACCACACUGGCUACAUCAUCAGAGAAGGAACUGUGUGGGUGGGAGUGGACACUGUCAAAAAUGAAACUGACCUUUACUACUUGUACCAAUACUGUCCUAGUGACUACUGCAAUAGGUCUGCAAUAGCUGUUCACUUGACAUCCCCUGAUUCACAGUGCAGCUCGAACCGUACUGGAAUUUUGUGUGGGAGAUGUGAUGACGACCACAGCCUGCAAUUAGGAGGUGAUCGGUGCAUACAAUGCCAUGACAAUAGUUUUGUUGCUUUGUUGAUAGUGUUCGCCACCCUUGGGAUUUUACUGGUUGCUAUGAUUACACUCUUCAACGUCACAGUUGCCAAUGGCACCAUAAAUGGACUCCUAUUCUAUGCAAAUGUUGUGUGGAUUAACAAUGCUAUAUUGUUCCCACAGCGGAACAUUGGCUACUACAUCAUCACUGUGCCUAUUGCUUGGAUUAAUCUGGACUUCGAUAUUGAGACCUGUUUCAGCCAAAAUUUGGAUCAACUAACUAAAAGUGGUUUACAGUUUGUGUUCCCAGUGUACAUCUGGUGCAUUGCUGGCCUUAUUAUUUUAGUUUGUCGGCAUUCCAUAAAAGCUACUCAAUUCUUUGGUGGAAAUUCUGUUGCUGUUUUAUCUACUCUCAUCCUACUAUCUUAUGGGAAGCUGUUCAGGAUUAUCACAAAUGUGUUCACUCCAGCUGACAUUUCUGGCUCUGAUGGUUCUAUUCGCAGAGUUUGGUCCCUUGAUGGAAAUGUUGAAUAUGGAAUAACACAUGGACACAUUAUCUUAAUGGUGGUUGCACUACUAUUUAUGCUACUGUUUUGGUUGCCAUUCACCUUGACUCUCCUUCUAGUACCUUUCCUAAAAGCCAAGUCAAACUACCCACCCCUUCGCUGGAUUAACAAAUUCAUGCCCUUUUUUGAUACCUUUUACGGUCCUUUUAAAAACAAGCGACAUCAUCAAGUGUGGACGGGGAUUCUGCUCAUUUCACGUGUAGUGAUAUUGAUUGUUUUUGCAUCAACCUCGACUUCCAAUCCGAAUGCUAACAUACUGGUGUUGACCAUUAUAGCUACACUCCUGCUACUCUACAUAGCAUUUGUGGGAUUUCUCUACACGCAGUGGUUUGCGUCUGUGCUUGAAGUAUUAUACCUAUUCAACCUCAUCAUUUUAGGUGGAGCAUUCUUGUUUUAUCAAACGCAACCGGAAGAUGUCCGACAAAAGGAGACCAUCAAUCCAGUGACAGCUACUUCAGUUUGCAUUGCUCUCCUUCAGUUUACUUGCAUUAUAAUCUUCCACAUAGCCAAGAAGGUCGGACCCAAGCUUCAGAGGCUCAUUAAGAAACCAGAAAUACAAGAUGCACGCAAAGAAAGUGGAAGGCACGAAGUGAUAACACAGGAAGUGACGCUCGUCAAUGCAAGGGAGCAGCAUACAUACUAUAAUGCCACUGAUUAUAGAGAGCCACUUCUGGAUGAUACUGUGAUAACCUGAACAAUUAAGGACAUUGUUCUAUAUAGUUUAGAGUAGAUGUCAUAGUUCAGAGUAGAGUACACUAAUCUUCCUUUUUGUUUUAUGUUCUAGAAGUUUAUUUACUGUUUUAUAUUAAGUAGCUUUCUGAGUGUUGUAUCUCAUGGUUCAAUCAGUUAUUCUUUACGCUGAA